ACAAAAUAUUGACCAAUACUCAAAUGAUUGGUGCGAUCGACUGCUGGACUCUUAUUUUUGAAAACCUGUAUAAAGACUGCCGGCAAAAGAUUUUAUCAAACAGUUUUCAUUCAAUCAUCGAAGGGAUGAUGAAAAAUUGGAUACUUCCAGGGUGUGCCUUCAUGGCAAUCGCCAUAAAUUUUUGUAGCUGUGACCUUGGUUUAAACAUUUCUAUUCUGGGAGUGCCUCUGUCAGUGAGCAGAGCCAUUGGUGCUGGGGUGCAGCCUGUGAUUUCCGCGAAUUCGACGAUUUCCACUAACGAGACGGUCGAUUCUAGCGGUGUGUUGACAUCACUACAAUCGAUCGUAAAUGACGUCGUGAGCCCGUUGAAUGCAUUACUGUCAGACACCGUGAACACUGCAUCGGAUAAGAGUGGUGAUCCAACGAAACUAUUCGCGAACUUGGAUGAUUUAGCGAAAGCUACUAUUUCGGCAAUUGAUGAUGCACAGACAACUUCAGCUGAUAUUCAGUCGGUGAUAAGCCCUUCUACCUAUGCAUUGUUGAAUGGAAGUUUGGAACAGCUUGCUGUAGAUGUUAGCGCACUAACGACUGUUCAAAAUACGCUGGUAGAUGCGUUGAAUAAUGUUACAACAGCAGAUCCUCCAUUUACAACACGAAACAUUACUACGGUUAUCACAGCGUCGUUGAUUUCGAACUAUACUUCAUCGUUAAAGAGCAUCAGCACUACCUUAUCCACAUUGGGAAGGGUGAUAACCACUGCGGCAAAAGAUAAACAAUCAACCAUUAUGAAAGAACUGACCCUCAACGAUACUAUCGAUAGUUCACUCAGCAAUUUGAUUCAAGUAGUUACCAGUUUCAACCGAACCAGCUACGGAGUCUUCAAUAGUGUGAUUCGUGCUUCCGACAAUAGUCUUAGAUCCUUAAACCAAUCAUACACUACGAUUAUAUCAAAAGCUUCAAAUUAUAACCAUGGAGAUAUGACCAACUUAACAAAUUUCCUGACCAAUGCCAGCGCGAUCGUUUCAGCUGCUACUGCAAAGAUCGAAAGUAACACAGCUGCAAUUACUUUGCAGCUUGCCUACACUCUCGGCAAUCAAACUACCAACAUAUCGACGGUCUUGUACAACGCAGUUAAGAACAUCAGCAGCUUGGCCACCACCAGCACUAGUGCCUACUCCAGCGCGUGUGAACGGAAAUACGUAGGGCUGUUCCAGCAACCUGGGCUGUCGGUAUCGCGACUCAAUAGUUGCAUCCAAUCGGAAGGACCCGGUCUUACGACUUUCGCGCAAAUUGCAGUACCCGGUUUAUAUAACGACGUGCUGCGGUGGGUCGGCCCACAAGUGGUACGGCUCAACUUGUGCAGUGUACCGAAUGGGAAUUGUAGUGUAGUGGCUUUCUCUGCCUUUUCGGACUUAUAUUCCCAACUGGAAAUCAAGUACAACCUGAUAAGAGAUUCGGUACUGUCCGAACAGAACAUAGUCCUGUACCGAGCUACUAGUUGCAUCAAUGCCGUUUCCAGUGAUCUCCAAGAUGUAGCUUCUAGUAUUCAGGACAGGUUUGGAAAUUGUUUGACGACAGGUAAUUAAAGAAUGUGA